AUGUGUCAGCUCGCCCUUCUUCCUAGUUUCAUUUGCGCCAUGGCGGCUCCGGGCCUCGGCGGCUCAGGCCUCCUGCUUGCGCGGAGCCUGUUGCGUCUUCUUCUUUCAAGCGACGUGCGGGCCCGGCGGGCCUGUUAGUACUGGGAGAAACCAGUGCGGGGGCUGCAGGCAGCCCAAGGCAGUCUUUCUGCAUGGAAGCUCCUGGGGAUGAUUUGAUAGUUUCAGCUUCAGCAAGAGAAUGCCCAAUUUUGACAUCAUUCUGUCAUCAUAACUUGUGGUAACAGCAGUCCUGUCCUGGAUUUCUAAAUAGUGAAGCAUCUGGAGUUACAGUCAUGACUUCGAGACGAACAGAUGUUCCUGCUAUAGAACAUGGCUCUGGAAGCCUUCUAGGGAAGAUAUCCCAGCCAAUCGGAAUGAACCGUCGGGCAUUCAAUUAUGAUGAUGCCCUGGAGGAUACAGCACCAAUGACUCCUCCUCCUUCAAAUAUGACCACCAGUAUCUUAUGGAAAGAACCAGUCAUUCCAGAUCACAAAUAUGAAAAGAUUUCCCAGGAUGAGGAAGGGGAGACUAGCAUGCAUCUCUCUGCCAAAGUUCCCCCGUCUUCUUCUGAGGUGAACAAGACACCAGUAGUGAAAGCCAAAGCCACCCACAUCAUCAUGAAUUCUCUUAUUGCAAAACAAACCCAGGAGAGCAUUCAGCGAUUUGAACAGCAGGCAGGGCUAAGAGAUGUCGGCUAUACUCCACACAAAGGCCUCACUGCAGAAGAAACAAAAUACCAUCGUGUGGCUGAGUCAUUCCAUAAUUUGAAGAUGCAAAGUGGAGAGAUGGUAAAAGAAGAUAAGCAGGCCUCUUCUGCCCAGUCCACACCAAGCAGCACUCCUCAUUCUUCUCCCAAGCGCUCAUACAGAAGCUGGUUUAAUCAUGGAACUUAUGCUUCUGUCACUGGUCCUGAUCGUGCCCCCAUGGAUUCCAACAGUGGUGAUAGCGAUAAAGUAUUAUCUGAAAAAUGGAGCAUUUUUGGACCCAGAGCUCUUCAGAGAUCUGCUACUGAGUCAGGGGGCUUUACCAUUCAGACAUAUAAGAGUGCUCAGAAGCCAUCUCCAAUGGAACUGAUGCGUACACAGUCCACCAGGAUGUCAGAUGACUCUGCAAAUUUCAAGCCUCCCAAGAUGGAUAUUCCAACUAUUGAAGAAAAGAGGCGGUCUUCACAUUCUCACAAUAUUAAACCCCGGGACUUGAAUGUGCUUGCUCCCUCUGGCUUUUAGGAGUAUUUCUACUUAAGUGCGCAAGUAUGUUCUUGUCAUCUUGCUAUCUUAUCUCAUCUUUAAGUAGACUCUAUUCUACUCAUAAAUCCCUGAUUAAAAAGUGACUCUGUGCUUUCUAGUUCAGAAUUAUAAAUGGGAUGAAAUGAGUUCUGGGCAGCUUUCUUAAUUUAUUGCCUUUUCCCUCUCAAAUGGCUCUCUGGGUACACUAUAAAUCAAAGUGAUCUACCACUGAAAUUCAGACAACAAAUUGUGUGCUGCUUUACAUAGCUAAAUUUUAAAAAGGAAAGCUAUAAAAUAGUUAAACUUGUUUAGAAUAUUUGUGCUCCCGCUACUAGAUUUGGUGCUGCUAUUCAGGUCAGCUUAUCAAUAGACAAUAUAUUAUUUUUUAAUAGCUAUGUGUUUUUUUUAACUUGAAGGGAAUCUAGGAAAAAAGGAAAAAUGUUUUGCUAAGGUAUUCUGGAAGAAUUAUUCUUCAAAUGCAGACUCUCUCACUGUUUUCAUACAUAAAAGUUCCAUGUGUAAGGAAAUUUAAGAAUUAAGUUCCCCUUCUAGACCUGUGGCAUGGAAUACAAUAUUGUUUGUGAUGCAUUUUGUUGUUGUUGGAAUCAAAUGAUUCAGUCUGAAGUGCAACGUAGGCAAAUUCCUUCAUUCCUAAAAUAAUCAGAUUCUAUUUUUAAUAAAGGGAUUCCAGAAUUGAGAUCCCUUGGAGUUUGAAAAGUGUAGCCAUAGUUUCUAUGAGAAGAAUGUGAAAUAAAAUAUCACUGAAACUAUAACAGACAUUCCUGUACAUGCUUCCUUGGGAGGCAAAGGAAUCCAAAAUAAAAUUACUUAAUAGAACAUGAGAAGAUUUUUAAUUCAGCUGUUCAGUUUAUAAAUGUUACAAUUAAUGUUUGAGUAAAUGUCUAUUUUUACAGAUUUAUAUUUUAGAAUCAUUCAUUGAAAGAUAAAAAAUAUUUAGUAUAUGCUUUAAGGCAAAUGAGCAUAUAUUAUUUCUGUUUUUUUAAUCUAAUGUUAAAUGUCAACUAAAUGGCAUUACUUUACAGCAGGGGGAUGGGAACUUACAAGCAUUACAUUACAAUAAAACCUUUUUUUCUUGAAUACCAGAUUUGUGAAUUUCGUGAACCCUUCUUAUGUCCUAAAUUGGUCUUAUAUCUUAUUAAAUCCAAAUUCCUAUAUCUGCUAUAUCUAAGUGACUUAACAAUCCAUUUUUCUUCACAACAGCUGCAACUUGGACCUGUAUUGCUUUGAUAGUGCUGUGUCAGCUCAUCAUUUGUACCCGGGAGACUGUGAUCUUGCUUCUUGGUUAAUGUUUAAUUUAUUUGUAGUAUUUUGUGCUCAUGUCUCUAUGCCUAAUACUUUUGCAAAAUAAACAA